AUGGCGGAAGAAGCGCAAGUGAAGCCGGAGGAGGACGAGGAGGAAGACCAGGAUGACAGUGAUGAGGAGUUUUCAGACCUUGAAGAUGAAUUCAGUUCAGGCAGCUCACAGUCAUCGUCCUACAGUGUGUCGAGCAGCGACUCUGAGUCGGUGUCCACUGGCACCAGCCAAGGAGAAGUGGGUGAAGCUUUGCAGGAUGUGGAGGAGCUUGAGGUCGAAGAAGGAGAGGAAGAAAAGGAAGAAAAGGAGGAGAAAGAGGAAGAGGAGGAGGAGGAGGAGGCGGAACCGGUCGAUUGGACUUUGCGGCGUCUUGCAAGGCCGCGCAGAGAGCCGUCAUGCUGUACCCAGCGCUGGGCACCUGUUGAGCUACAAGCGCUGUCUUCAGGUGAAACGAUUGCGCCAAAGCCGCGCGAACUUCGAAGUGCCAAGCAGUCCCUGGUGGCGAAACUCCUCUGUCGCUGGUGGUAUGUCCUUCCAGACUGGCCGCCCCCUGACUUCGACUAUGUGGCUGCCCUGGCAGAGCGAGGCUACCGGGAGGUACCCGUGAGUGACUUUGAGACUGCCGAAGAGAUGGACGGCAACUUGAGGAAGGCUUUUGCCUUACCAAAUGGCUACAAGGGCCUCUACCGCGACGAGCAAGGAGCAGUCAUUGACGUUCGGCCCGUGGAGGGCCGGCCCUCCUACGAUCAGCUGAUGUGUAGGACCUGCGACCGGAUGGGGCCAGGGGCUCGCCUGAAACGAUGGGGGAAGGGGUUGGCAGAACCAGAUUUUUCUUUUCGAUUUCCAUCUGGGUUUGAAAAUCAUGGAUUAACCAUGGAUGGAAUAGGAAAAACCAUGGAUUCCAUCAUUAACCAUGGAUUAACCAAUAGCUAUUGA